AUGGACCAUGUCAUGCAAGUAGUUAUAAAAACAGUGAAUUACAUUCGAUCACAUGCGCUUCCCCACCGACAAUUUAAGGAAUUCCUGAAAGAAUUGGAUUCAGAAUAUGGUGACGUAGUAUAUUUCAGUCAUGUCAGAUGGUUAAGUCGUGGAAAAUGUUUAAAGCGAUUUUAUGAGUUACGUCAUGAAAUUGACUUGUUUAUGAAUGAUAAACAAAAACCAGUAUUAGAAUUAAGUAAUGAUGAAUGGUUAUUAGAUUUAUGCUUUUUAGUGGAUAUUGUCGAAAAACUGAACCAAUUAAAUAUAUCAUUACAGGGAAAAGAUAAUUUAAUAAUUGACUCAUUUAAUCACAUCAAUGCAUUACACAUUAAAUAUGCACAAGAAAUAAGGAAACUUAUAGCUGCUUUUGAAAGUCGUUUCACUAAUUUAGACAAAUACAAGACAAUAUUUGAAAUAUAUUCAUCUCCUUUUCAUACUGAUGUCAAUUCGGCCCCAGAAUAUCUUCAGAUGGAACUCAUUGACUUACAAUGCAAUAAUGAAUUAAAAMACAUUUUUGAAACAUCAAAAUCAAAAAUAGAUUUUUAUAAUAUUAAUAUCAGAAAAGAACAUUUUCCCAAUUUGAGAAAUCUGGCACAAAAAGUUGUGAGUGCUUUUGGAUCGACUUACACUUGUGAAUCGUUUUUUUCGAAAAUGAAAUUCGCCAAAGAUAAAUCACGCACAAACCUAACAGAUGAAAACCGACAACAUCAAUUACGGUGUGCAAAUACAAGCAUUUCUAUUGAUUUGAAAAAGCUUAGUGAACGAACGUUGGAUUUAUUUGUAACUCGCCCUUUAACUUUCCAUCUAAAUACCCAAUAUUGGAGUUCAAUGUAA